AUGAUUCGAUUUAAGAAUAGCCACCGUGAUGAUGCCAAAUCUGCUUCAUUACACCUGCCCCGUGAUUCAGAUGAUAGCGUUUUAACCGAUAACAGUAGCAAUGUAUCUGACAUAGUGGAGCAUCGGCAAGAGAAGAUCAAUCGACAACUGAAGUCGAGGAGUCUGGAUAACAGGAAGAGUAUGGAAAAGCCGGCGGCUACACCAUCAACUAGCGAAUCAGGUGCGACUUUAAAACCAUUUUUCCCAACAGCUCUCGUCAAAAAUUUGACUAAGAACUCUCUGGAAAUACUUGAAUGUACUCUCACGAUGAGGCAAAGUGCCACACAUGUGACCAGAUUGAACACACGACUUAUCGAGUCGAUGGCCGGCGGAGAAAUGGCGUUUAUGAGCAGGAUGAUGGCAAUGGGAGCCAGUCCCAAUGCAACUUGCCGGCUGAACCACGUGUCCGUGUGCCACCUCGCAGCAAUGCAGAAUACUGGCGUCUUGGAGUUACUUAUCAAGCACGGAGCUGAUGUGUAUAGAGCUGAUAAGGAAGGCAGAACGCCCCUGCACUUUGCCGCUUGGGAAGGAAACGUUAAACAGAUUGCUUUAAUGCUCAACUUCCCUGAAGGUCUAAGGAAACGCAUUGUGGAAUGUGUUCCUUUGUCAUCGCAAAUAGUCGGAGAAAUAAAAUAUCAUAGUACACCAGUGCAUGCGCUCACGAACAUGACGUGCAAAUCGAACGAAGAGGUUAAACUUCAAGUAGACUGGAGCGAUGGAAUGGAACACAAUUGCAGGAAUAUCAAAGACAUGUUACCGCCAUUCCAGAACGAAAAGAAUAAACAUGGAUGGUGCUAUGGAUGGACAGCGUUACACGCUGCUUGUGCACGUGCACAGCACCAUUGCGUGGAACUUUUGAUUGCUGCGGGCGCUGACAUAAACGCUCAAGACCAAUUUUAUAGGACUCCGCUUGAUGUCGUUGGCUAUGCCCACUACAUGGGGUACAAGAUUGAAGAAAAGGAUUUCAAAGCAACGAUAAAUCUGCUUCUGACUUCUGGGAAAAAAAUUCAAAAAUGUAGGUACAGUCCUAGUUUGAACUCUAUUGACACUCCGUUGCAUACAGCAGUGGAGCUUGAGAGUGAGGGUUCUGUUGAGCAAUUGCUUCUGAGUGGAGCCUCUGCCACCGGUUGGAACAGUGAGGGCGCCACCCCUAUGCAUAUCUGCGUUAAAAAACGAAACAAGGAAUUGUUGCAGUUGCUGGCAGAUUUUAAAUACAAUAAUGAAGAUCCGUAUUUGGCAACAAUAGACGUGAAGAAUAAACAAGGUUUCACUGUACUGUGUGCAGCAAUCAAGGAAGGCUGGACACAAGGCGUGUGCAUCGCUCUCGGAGCAAGAGCAAGCAUUACCAUGAAGGCAAAUGGUGAAUCUCCUAUUCAUAUAGCGGCGCAAAUGGGCAACAUUGAUAUUCUACGACAAAUAAUAACUAUUGCAAAAUUAACUAACACUCUUGACUUCCGUAACGAAAAAGGAGAGACAGCUCUUUUUAAAGCGGUCAGUCAUAGCCAAUUGGACGUUCUAAAAUUACUUAUUUCCUCCGGUUCUGACAUAGGGCUCGUAACUGCUAUGAAAACCAAUAUUUUCCACAUAGCAGCUGAACAAGGCAAUCAGGAUAUAUUGGAAUAUUUACUUGAGUAUAAUCCUCAUGUUACUGUCAGAUUGGUUAACAAGUCUGAUAAUCAAGGCCCCCCAUUAUUUUAUGCAGUCAAAAAUAAUCACCCUGUAUGCGCAGAACUACUAAUUUCCAAAGGUGCACAAGUAGGUAUUUAUGUGCCAUGCAAAGAUUGUAUUGGUAAAGACAUUCUUGAAUGGCAAUCACUUCUGCAUAUAGCAGCAAGAAAAAAUUAUUGCGAAAUAGCAGAUAUAAUUAUAAAACAUGAUAGUAACACCGUCCAUUGCCCUGAUUCUGCCGGACGAACACCGUUACAUGAGGCUUGCAGUAAUGGAAACAGAGAAAUGAUCGUAUUGCUUCUCCGCAAGGGAGCUGAUCUCUCAGAAGUCGGGAGAGGUAGACAACCGAAAUUAAAACUAGCUCCUAUUGAUAUAUUAAUAAAUAACUUGUCGAAACCAACUGAAUUCAUACAAGAAAUAUUUGACUCUUACAUAUCAAGCCAAGGAAAAAGUCUCGAAGAAGCGAAUUGUGAAGUUACAGUCGACUACAGAGUGUUAAUUCCAAGAGAAUCUGAUAUGAAACAAAUGAGAGUUAUCAAUGCCUUGAUAAAUACUGGAAAUAGAUACGACCAGCAUAGACUAUUGCUCCAUCCUUUGGUGCAAACAUUUCUUUUCCUGAAAUGGCAAUCAUUGCUAUCAUUCUUUUAUAGUAUCCUGAUAUUACACGCCUGUUUUGUGUUAUCUCUCAAUAUUUAUGCUCUUUCUAUUUUUUAUUACAAAGAUAAAGAAGAAACUGUUCCAAUAUUUUUCCGUAGUAACGUUUGGAUACAUAUCAUUUAUUUGACCAUAUGCAUGAUUGUAAUUCAAGAAAUAGUAUUUGUCAAAAUGAAAAGUAAGAGAUACCUUAUUUGUUGGGAGACAUGGUUGAAAAUCGGAUAUAUAACGCUGGCGGUUUUCUUACCUCGAAUUGUGUCAUGGGAAACCAAGAGUAGUUCAGAAUGGGCGCGUCUUGUCGCCACCUUUGCUCUACUUUUUUCUUGGUUCGAAAUGAUGUUCUUACUCUCUAGAUUCCCUGACUGGGGAUACUAUGUUUUGAUGUUUGGUAAAGUUGCAAGUAAAGUCUUAAAGAUUUUACUAUCAUUCGUUUUCCUGGUAUUUGGUUUCUCAGUGAGCUUCAUGAUACAUUUCCAUGCCAAGCCUCCGUUCGAAGGGCCCUGGGGCGCUUUCGUCACAACGUUGGUCAUGAUGACAUCCGAAUUUGAUUAUAAUGACUCCUUGAGCAAGGAUAGCAUCUUAAAAGCAUCAGGAUCACUGUUCAUGUCACGUUUGAUCUUUAUUACGUUUCUGAUUCUAGUUUCAAUAGUUCUCAUGAAUUUGAUAGUUGGUGUGGCAGUUAACGACGUCAAUAAUUUAGAAAUUAUUGGUAGUAUUAAACGGUUAGAGAAGCAAGCGGAAUUUAUAACAUCGCUUGAAGAUAUCGUUUGUAAUAAAUUACUUGAAAGUAUACUACCGAAACGCCUGUACAGUAAAUUAAAAAACAACAUAAGGUUGGAGAGCGUUAUCGUUUUGCGACCACGUAAAGCUACGUGCUACAAUCGUAACCGUCUGCCCACUCGGUUGAGAGAAGCCACUUUUGAACGGGUUCAAUUACAGAAGAAGCAAUCUGACGAACACCUAGGAUCAAUGGUGUUUCAAAUGAAACUGGAUGAAAUAUCAUCCACAAUCAAAGGUAUUGCAGAUAAACAAUGCGCGAAUGACACAAGCACGACCCUGAACCAGAUAUUUAAGGAAUUACGCGAAAUGAAAAGCGAUAUAGACCAAAUUAAACAAUUCAUAGAAAUUACAAAACGACGAUCUCUGUGUAGCAAUAAGUCUGUACCAUUAAUUGUUGUGCCAAAGGAACAAUAA